AUGGACCUUGACCUGGACCUGAGCCGGUCCUCAUGGGGCCGGGCCGUUCUGCUCCUGGACAUUUCUCCUGUCUCCAUGACGACACCUCCAACAUGUCCGACUGUGAUCCAGCUGCUGUAGAGGAGCAGACGGCUGCAGAGGAAGCUCCUGGUCCUCCCAGUCCUCCUGGAUCUCCUGAUCCCCCUGGUCCCCCUGGUCCCCCUGCCCCUCCUGGUUCUCCCAGUCCCGGUCGCCCCCCCCUGGCAGAGAAGGCCCUGUCAGAGGCCUUCGCCCGGCUGCGGUACCAGGACACGUCUCUGCUGAUCUGGCAGCAGCAGCAACAGGAUCUGCAGGUGGCGCCGCCCUCCACCUACCUGAGCCGCAGCCAGUCGGCCUGGUACAGCAGCUACGGGAACCAGGCCGUCCUGAUCCGGGACAAGAGGGGCCUGGAGGACGCAGAGGGACGCUCCAGGAUCUGCAGCCUCAUGUAGACUCAUGUCUCAUGUUUUACACUUCCUGUCCAAGGCAGGAACAUCACGCCGUUACGAUCUCGAUCACAGACUGUGGAGACAGUCGUUGCGCGUCUAAUCUGCCAUUGAAGGAAGUGACAGCACCAAGUCAGUGUCUGUGUGAAAGGGACAGUCGACAGGAUGGGACCAUGGACAGGACAGGUGGGACGUUUGGACGAUGUGUUCUGUGGGCGACCUACCGCAGGACAUUUAAAAAGCAGCAGUUAGCAGUUAGCGGCUAACUCAGAGAAGAAGAACAGCAGCUGAAAAUGGCCACAAAUAAUGAAAAGGGACUUCAUAGCAGCUCUGUAGCGCCACCGGUGUGUGACCUUACUGUCAUGUGACAUGUCGCUCAUCUCCGCAUCAUUUCCUGUAACGAACUACAUCGUCUGCACUUUAAAUGAACUGAAUCCUUUUUAUGUUUCUGUGAACAGUUUUAAUCUCUGAAAUUAUUUUCAUCUUUCAUGGUUUCAUUUCAUUUUUCAUAAGAACAACGACAGAUCAGAGCACAACAUUUUUAUUUUUUUAUUUUCUGUUACUCUGAUAUUUAUUUCUGAUGUAUUGAUUAUUGGAGAUUUUAUUCUCUGUAUGGUCCAUGUUGAAAUGUUUGCUGGUAGAUGAGUUAAAUAACUGGAAUUAUACCAGAUGAUCAGCCGAUGAUGUCAUGUUGUUUGAGAUGAUCGUCAGACGACAUCUGUGUGAGUCUAACUUUCCUGAGCUUCAGUUUCACAUCAAAUUUCAAACCUUUACUUGGAAAUUGAGUUAGUAAACCCAUUAGUUAAACCAUUGCACAAAACACCUUAAGCUUUUCCUUAAGUCCAGGACAGUUUUCUCCCUAUUUGGGGCUUAUACCUAAGAAAUCCCUUAAACUUAGUUAAACUGUUGCACAAAAGAUCUUAAGUGUCAGAAGCGUAUGAGUCCACAUGGAAACUAACAUCUUUCUCAAUGCAAUAAAUGCCUUAAUGGUUUCCUUAACCAAGGAAACACUUUUAAGGGAUUCUCUUCAACACCUUUAAGUAAGUCCCUUAGCUAAGGGAAAAUUAAGCCUUACAUGUCACACUAAAAUAUACUAAAUAAUAAUAAAAUAUACUACAAAAACUA